UGAUGCAGAGUUGCAAUCAGAUGCAUGCCUCCUACCUCUUUCAGCAAGAUAAACACUAUGACCUGUCCUACGACACUGGAGACAAGGCCUUACAGUGCGGGCGCCAUGUGGAUGUUUUUAAGUUAUGGCUAAUGUGGAGGGCAAAGGGCACAAGUGGCUUUGAAGCACAUAUUGAUAAGUGUUUGGAGCUGGCAGAGUAUUUAUACAAUAUCAUAAAAAACCGAGAAGGAUAUGAAAUGGUGUUUGACGGAAAGCCGCAGCACACGAAUGUGUGCUUCUGGUAUGUCCCUCCGAGUUUGCGUGUCCUGGAAGACAAUGAAGAGAGAAUGAGCCGCCUCUCAAAAGUGGCCCCAGUGAUUAAAGCCAGAAUGAUGGAGUAUGGGACCACAAUGGUCAGCUACCAGCCCUUGGCAGACAAGGUCAAUUUUUUCCGCAUGGUCAUCUCAAAUCCCGCAGCCACUCACCAAGACAUUGACUUCCUGAUUGAAGAAAUAGAACGUCUUGGACAAGAUUUAUAAUAAUCUAGCUCACUAAACUGUGUCAAUUCUCUAGGUAGACAAUUAAGUUGUCACAAACUGUGUGAAUGUAUUUGUAGUUUGUUCCAAAGUAAAUCUAUUUCUAUAUUGUGGUGUCAAAGUAGAGUACAGUUUAAAAAUCAAAACAAAACAAAACAAAACAUUACUCCUUCUAAAAAUCCUUUCUUAAGUUUAGAAUACCUCUCUAAUAAUUAGUGACAAAAGGCUAUGUUCUAAUCAAUGAGGAAAAGCUUUAAAAUUGUUAAUAAGUACUUCCCUUUUAAUAUAGUCUGCAAAUCAAACUUUAUUUUCACUCAGAGUAGCAGGGUUGAAUAGUACCAAAUUGCCCCUGAAUCAUAAAAGGUUCUUUGGGGUGCAGCAAAAAGGAUAAAGUACAUAUAAAAAUGUAUGUUGACAAUAAAAAUUCUUGCCUUUUUCAUAGUAUUAGAAAAAAAUUUCUAAUUUACCUAGAGCAGCAUUUCAAGUGUAUUUAAAUACAUAUAAUUUUACAAAAGGAAAAUAUAUAUAUUAAAAAGAAAUCCUAUUUUGUAACAUAUAGAUUUUUAUUUUAUAUGGGUUAUACAAACUGCAGGGGCAGAUAUAAAAACUAAGCCAGAUUUUUUUUCUUUUUUUUUUUUAUUGGAGGCACAAUAAAACACUUAGCAAAGUUAUUUUGAAACAAAAUUCUUCAAAGUUACGAUGCAUUCUUUCUAUUCGUGUUAUGGCUCAUUUUAUCUCUAAAGUGAGUAUUACAAAACAAACACAAAAAAUACUGCAAGUUCUUUGAAGUGAUUACCAGAUGGACAAUAAGAUUCUCUUCCUGUUUAAGUUUGCCACCCAGUUGACCCUUAGCAGACCCGCUCAGCUUCAUCUUAGACUAACUUGGGGUAAUUGUUUCUAUACCCCUUUCCAGUUCAGCCUGUUUUGAACAGAAGGUUGAUGCUGGUUCCUGAGGUAUCUUCCCAAACAAUAUGCUUUUAUUAGGUCAUUUGGAUUAAUUUAGGAAAGAUAAAAAUAAAAUCUAAUCAGCCUGAGCAAAGAGGAAUGUGGUGAGCCCAGAAAAUUAAACUUGGCCUUGAGAGAAGAGAUCUCUGUGUGAGGAUAAUGAUGUCACCUUGAUGCCAUAUUGCUACUGUCCAGGAAGGAGCCAUUUGCCUCCUGGGUAAUAUCUUACUCCCACUGCCUCCCUACUCCUAUCCACUAAGGUCCUCUCCUGCUUGGCUCCCCAUCACUGGAAUCCCAAAUAAUUAAUUCCUGUGCCAGGGGUGCUUACUUCCCUCUUCUGCAAUGAGCCCCUCCCCCAAGAUUUGAGACAACAUCUAAGACCUUUUAUCUGUCUCCCAUCAAGAUCCAAAAUGACCUUUGUAUGCAGAGAUAAUAAGAUCCUCAGAAUUCAAACAAUAUUUUAAAAGUAUCCUGCUUCCACUGCAAGCUAAUGGAGAGACAUGAGCUAAUAAGAGCUCUCAUAGAUGUUUAGGGGGUCAUGGAUUCCAAGUCAGAUUCCAAGUUCUAGUAAGAAGACUGUAGCCUCAUUGUGCAGACUGCACAUGUAAAUUUAGAGACUUUCAUCCUUUCCAUAUGGACAAAUCAGAUCAGUAGUCAGAAAGAUUACAGGUAUACAGGAAGAAAGAGGCCACUGUCCUCCAACAGAUAAAAAAGUCCUGUAAUACAACCAGAGGACCCAACCAUUUGAACUCUUCAUGAGCUUGUCCCUACAUUCUUUCUCUCAGAUGAUAUACAAAAACACUGAAGUUUGGGAUGAACAUAAAUCCUUUUAUCUAAGAAGCAAAUGGGCUCCCAAUGACUAUCAGAAAAAUCUCUUCAUCUCUGACCCAGAAAUUCAUGAAGAAAUAAGCCACCUGUUCUAGGCUGGGUCUGAUGGCCAAGUCUCCCUUUCUUUCUGGAAACUGGCUGUUGAAAAUAAGCAUGUAGUUGCCCACCUGUCCUGAGCCUCAAGCUAAAAUGUCCCAUUUCAGACACAGGGAUGCUAAUCAUCGAACCCACUGUCCUGCUUGGAGGAGAAGGUGGGGCCCAGUGCCAAAAUCCGGACAGGUCCUUAUAACCUCCAAGAUACUGACACCCUAGGGUGCACAUCCUCUUUGAGAAACUGCUGCUUUGUAACUUGAUGGUGUGAGUGAAUUUAAAAAGAAAAGCCUUUGUGCCUGUGUGUGAAAUUUCAGCAAAGCAACUUUUAUCAAUAAAUUCCUUCCCCACUGCCUGCCUCUUCCAGAUCCUUUGCUGAAUUUUCUGGGAGCCUUGCUCAGUCCUAUGCAGUGAAAUCCUGACCAAUAAAAUAAAAGCUUAAUACAUCCCAGUAGUUUAAUAAAUAUUCUUUGAAGUAGGUCUGUAAUCUACUCAGGAGGGAGGGAGGAAAGAAGGGAGGGAAGAAGGAAGAAAGGUUGCUUUGAACAUCAGCUCAAAUUCCCAGUGCCGAAGGCUUUUAUAAGGACCAUUCUUUACAAAUUUUAGAAAAGUUUGGUUUGAGCUUUAAGCAGAACUGACAUGGCCAUUUUUAUUUAUACAGCAAUAUCAUGUUUAUUAUUUUAGAAUACUUGAAAAAAGUGUGAUAUGUCUUUAUCUGAGACGCACAAGUGGUACUGACUUUAUGUACUGUCACAAGGAUGCAAGGGAAGCAAAGGAAGUCAAAUGUGUGUAUAAUUGUGUUGACUUCGUUAUAUUGAUAGUACUGUCUCCUCACCUCAGAUUGGGGUUUUGAACUUUAGAUAUGAACUGUAGAGUGUCGCAAACCAACAUGUAUUGCUGUAAAAGCUUGUACAAUAUAUUAUUGAUAUGUCUUUUUCCAUGUGGUAGCUGUGUUGAUACUGUGAGAACUACAUUUGCACCUGUUCCUGUACUCUCUCACUCCCUCUUUCUGCUAAACUGUGUGCCCUCCACAUCAGCUGUAAUAGAGACCAUGCUCCUGGCUAAGCUCCCUACUGAGAAAUCUCCUCUAAGAAGUGUGCGAUUUCACCAAUGCAAGGUGAACGCUAUGUUGUCUCUAAGACUAGGAGAAACCUAUAUGGAGUGUCACAAACUGCCAGCAUUGCAGGUAUUGUCCCUGCUGGGUUUGGAGUAGGUGCUACUCCUUAGAAUAUUGGCAAAAAAAGAACACUGGUGUAAAUAUAGUAGCAGGACAAGGAGUCAAGGAACCUAACUGGGUGUCAUCUUGCACAUUUUUAAAUGCUAACUACAAACACUGUGUAUUUAUUUAUUAGGUACGUGUGCCAAAAUACUGUCCCAAUUGGUGUUUCUGAAAGACAUCAACAUAUUCCCAACAUUACUCUGUUACUAAAGACAGAAAAAAUAAAAUAAAAAGUAUAAACACGUGGCAACCUGUUCUUCUGACCAAAUAUAAACUUGUGUAUGAUCAAAGUGUUUUAUCUGUGUUGUCUCUCUAAACCGAAAUAAAUGUGUAAAUGUUGACACAU